AUGACACCCUCUUCAGCAUCUUUCAGUUUGUGGGACUAUGUGGUCUUCACCUUGAUGCUUGCCAUCUCUGCCGGCAUUGGGUUGUACUACGCCUUCGCUGGACGAGGUCAGAGCAGCUCCAAUGAUUUUCUGGUGGGUGGACGGAGUAUGACUGCAGUACCUGUGGCCCUGUCCUUGACAGCCAGCUUUAUGUCAGCUAUAACAGUGCUGGGGACCCCGGUGGAGGUGUAUCAAUAUGGAGCCAUCUUCGUCCUUAUCUGCUUUUCCUACAUUCUGAUGGUGGUUGUUAGCUCUGAAAUUUUUAUGCCUAUCUUCUACAGACUGGGCAUUACCAGCACUUAUGAGUAUUUGGAAAUGCGCUACAAUAAAGUAAUUCGACUAUUUGGAACAGUCCUCUUCAUUAUACAGACAGUACUGUACACGGGUCUGGUUAUUUAUGCUCCAGCUUUGGCUUUAAACCAAGUAACAGGUAUAGAUCUCUGGGGUGCUGUCAUAUCAACCGGAGUGGUCUGCACCCUCUACUGUACAUUAGGUGGUCUUAAAGCAGUGGUCUGGACGGACGUGUUCCAGGUGGGCAUCAUGUUUGCCGGGCUCUUGGCUGUCAUUUUUCAAUCAGUGCUGCUGCAGGACGGGAUCUCCACUAUUAUCAGUGACUCCACCCAGGGUGGUCGGCUCAACCUAUGGGACUUUGAUCCAAACCCUCUGAGGAGACACACGUUCUGGACCAUAACGGUGGGAGGAACAUUCCUCUGGACCAGUGUCUAUGGUAUCAAUCAAGCUCAGGUGCAAAGAUACAUAUCGUGCAAGUCACUGUUCCAUGCCAAAAUGGCCUUAUACAUUAACUUAGUGUCACUCUGGGCUAUCACUUUGUGCUCAGUAUUUAGUGGCUUGUGUCUAUACUCCGUUUAUAAGAACUGUGAUCCAUGGACAGCAAGAAAGGUGUCCGCUCAAGACCAGCUUAUGCCAUAUCUGGUGUUGGAUAUCCUGAACGAAUACCCUGGUCUGCCAGGAUUGUUUGUGGCAGCAGCAUACAGUGGCACUUUAAGUACAGUCUCGUCCAGUGUAAAUGCUCUGGCUGCAGUAACUAUUGCAGAUCUGAUCCGGCCAUACCUCAACCUGUCAGAGAGGCAGCUGUCCUGGGCAUCAAAGGGCACGAGCUUGUUUUAUGGUGUUGUUUGCAUUGGAAUGGCUGGACUUGCAUCUUUAAUGGGAGGGAUGCUACAGGCUGCGAUUAGUAUCGUUGGAGUGAUUGGCGGACCUCUGCUGGGACUAUUUUCUCUUGCUGUCCUGUUUCCCUGCGCCAACUCAAAAGGUGGAUUGGCAGGGCUGCUAGCCGGGUUGGCUCUUUCUCUGUGGGUGUGCAUAGGGGCACAGGUCUACCAUCCAUUACCAGAGAACAACAGACCACUGGCUCUGGCGACACACAGUUGUAACGUUACAAUGGCAACAAGUGGAUUUAACUGGACUACAAGUCCCACUGAAAGAACUAUGAGUGACUUUGUCCUGAAUGAGGAAAAGCGAGACAGGCCUUGGCUGGCUGAUAAUUGGUACUCUCUCUCAUAUCUGUACUUCUGUCCAAUGGGUACUCUGACUGUCAUGAUUGUGGGUCUAAUUGUCAGCAUAAUCUCAGGGGGUCAACAACUAAAACUGCAGCCUGGACUUACACUAUCUAAAAAUGACCUCACCUGUUACAAAGCCUACAAUGUACUCAAAGAAAAGGUUUCUGGUGGUGCAGGCAGGCUUGACCUGGUGCAUGAGCUGGAGAAAUCAUUUGGAAAAACCAACCUCGCUUUCUGUGAUGUAGAGUUAUCUACGCAACCUCCUGCUUAG